UUUCUUCAAUACUAAACAAGCAAGUUUUCUUAAUUUGCAUUCAUGGCUGCCAGUGCUAUCUUGUUCAUCACAUUAGCGUUCCUCAAUUGCAUUCGCUUCUCCUUGGCCUUCGACCCUCGUCCUCUUCAAGAUAUCUGCGUCGCACCUGCCUUAGGACUUGCAACUUCAACAUGCAAGGACCCAAGACUUGUCACCGCAAAUGACUUCUACAUGACCGGCCUGGACCGGCCGGGACCCUUCAAUGCAUACGGCGUCACCUUCGUCGUUGCGUCCGUACCCACAAUGCCGGGGUUGAACACCCAAGGCCAGCUAUUUCUACGUGCAGAGCUAGCGCCAAACGGGUACUUCCCGCCUCACAUUCACCCUAGGGCGUCAGAGCUCACCUAUGUGAUGGAAGGCGCGGUCGAGGUGGGAUUCGUAACCUCGUUCCCAGACUACAAAUACUACAGCAAAGUUCUCAAUAAAGGCGAUGCGUUUAUUUUCCCGGUCGGCCUCGUCCACACCGUGCAGAACGUGGCUAGAGGGAAGAGCGUCACAACUUCGUCUCUCAAUAGCCAGAAUCCCGGGUUUAUUUUUCUGCCCGACUCUCUUUACGCGGCCAAGCCGCCCAUCAACAGCAGUUAUCUAGCCAGGGCGUCUAAGCUAGACGAGAAUACCGUCAAAUAUUUGCAGACAAAAAUGUGGUUUGGUUAAUUAAUUAAUCCUUGUAUGUUGUUUACUGGUUUGCCUAAUAAAUAAAAUAAAUAAUAAUGCUAGUAUUAUAAA